AUGACAUGCACCGCCAUUUCCUACUAUAUAUUCGAUCAACAAGAGUUGAAGGACCCAUCGCUGAUCCAGGCCCUGGAAGUCCUGGCCUGGCAAAUUGCCAAAGUGGAUAUGGUGUAUCGCAAGGAGUUGGGCUCAGUCAAGACCGCCGGUAGUAACCAGAUUGGGAGCCUUUGCAGGCAACUCUUUGGCAAAUGCUACAAGACCGACUCCACAUUCUUUCUCUUGUUCGAUGGAAUCGACCAGAUGGACAAGCAACACCUGAAGGAGUUCGUGCAGCUUCUAGAGGAAUGGCAGAGUACGGCUUGCACAUGGCCUCGGUUCACUCUUCGUAUUCUCUUAAUUGGACGGACGGAGACGAUGAACAAGAUCAACGCUCAAAUCGAAGACGAAAUUUCAGUCAUCGAUGUGGCGUCUGCGAACCGUGAUGAUAUGAUCAACUUCAUCAACGACCGAAUGAACAAGAUGGAGAUUCUCGGUGGAUCGUCGGACCAAGUGGCUGCGCUACGCGGCGAUAUUGUGGAGACCCUGACGAAGGAGACCAAGGGCGAUUUUGUCAACGUCGGACUGCUCUUAGACGAAAUCAGCCGCAAGAAACGCCCUAGAGAGAUCCGCGACAUUUUGGCGCGGUCGGGAGAAAAUCGAUCCGACACGAUUGCUAGAAAGAUUGAAAUGCUCAGCGACACGCUCAGCGAUGACGAUAUCUCCGAUCUCAAUUAUUUGCUUACGUGGGUCGUGUUUGCAGAAUAUCCACUCACCCUCGGGCAGCUGGAAGCUGCGCUCUUCCUUAAAUCUCGCGAGCCUUCUCUCCGACCUCUAGCAGAGACCAUAAAAGAUCAGUAUUCUUCCUUGCUGUGCAUUGAAGGCGUACACGUUUAUCUUGUCUCCAGUUCGAUGAAGGACUUUUUCCGUACGAAAUCGGAUUCAGAAGGCACUAGAGACCACCAGGAUUUGGAUACCGUCGGCGAUGUCAGUGAGGCCGAAGUAAGAAUCGUGAAACGAUUUCUUGAGUCCGUGUGCGACCCGGAACUCUUCAACAAAUUCGGAUUCGAUGAAUUCUUCAAACGCAAAAUGAAACGAAAAACCGUUCGGAUUGCGGUAGACGCUGAGACGGCACAUCUGAUGAUCGUGUCAGCGUGUCUGGAGAUUAUUUGUUCCAAAGCAUCGCUAGAUCUGAAUCCUUUGCUUCGGUAUGCGGAGAACAAUCUGGGCUACCAUCUCAAGCAAGCGGACCCUUCAUUAACACAACCGCAUCAGAAGAUAGCAAUAGGCCCGCAGUUGGUGAAGAUCUUUACGGAUGACGAGGUCAUCGACCGAUGGUGGAGGGCGAGCAGCUACCGACUCCGGGUCCUAUGGAUCUAUCACGAUGACCAUGUAGAGGUCACGUUGAAAUGGCUGCAGGACUCUGCCGUCACCAAAAAUAUCUCCGAGGAGGAGAGAAAGAUAACUGGUGCUCACAGUGGGGACUAG